CCUCCUGAAUCACAGAAAAAGAAACUAACCAUCUUUUAGUUUCUUUCUUUCUAUGGCUUCUUCUUCUUCUUUUUCUUCUUCUUCUAAUCCUGUGCUCUUUUCUUCUCUUUCUCUGGUUUACUUCUUCUUCUUCUUCGUCUUCUCGUCCUCCAUUUCUAAGAACAAAAGCUUGGUUUCGGCAACACGAGAAGAAGACACUGAGCUUCAACGUACUCAUCAUCGCGUUCCUCUCAGCUCUCUCAUCCCUUCUUCCUCUUGCACCUUUCCUCCUCAAGGAACAGGUUCAAAGAGGAAUGGACACAUGGAAGUGGUACACAAGCAUGGACCAUGUUCAAAGCUGAAGAAACCUUCAUCAUCAUCAUCUUCUUCAUUCAUCAUACCACACAGUGAGAUCUUGAAGCAGGACGAAGCCAGAGUGAGGGCAAUCCAAUCCAAGCUUUCAAAGACAUUACAGAUCCACCAAGAAGAGACCGGUUCAAACAAUAAGGGGCUGGACCGGGUGCAGCUGCCGGCCAAGUCUGGCAUCCCUCUCGGUACCGGAAACUACUUCGUCACGGUGGGGCUGGGUACCCCCAAGAGAGAUCUGUCUAUCGUCUUCGACACAGGCAGUGACAUCACUUGGACUCAAUGUAAGCCCUGUGCUGGCUCUUGCUAUGCCCAGAAGGAACCCAUCUUCGAUCCUUCUCAAUCUUCUUCUUACUCCAAUGUCUCUUGCUCUUCUUCUCAGUGUUCCCAGCUAGUCUCUGCAACAGGAGUUAGGCCGGCAUGUUCUGCUUCAACGAGAGCUUGCAUAUAUGGUGUUCAAUACGGCGACAGAUCCUUCUCCACUGGCUACUUCGCCAAGGAAAAACUGACCUUAUCUUCCACCAAUGUCGUUGACGACUUUCUCUUCGGCUGCGGCCAGAACAACCAAGGUCUCUUCCGCGGCGUCGCAGGAUUGCUCGGCCUCGGUCGGAAUUCCCUCUCUUUCGUAGGACAAACCGCCGAAAAGUACGGGAAAAUUUUCUCCUACUGCCUCCCCUCUACGCCAAGCACCGUCGGUUACAUCGCCUUCGGCGCCAGAUUCUCCUCCCGCAACGUCAAAUUCACUCCGCUGUCCUCCAUCUCCAAGGGCUCCUCCUUGUACGGCCUUGACUUCAUCGGAAUAUCCGUGGCCCGCGUCGAUCUCCAAAUCUCGGCUUCCGUGUUCUCCUCCGGCACGAUCAUCGACUCCGGCACCGUCAUCACCAGGCUCCCUACGGCAGCGUACGGUCCCCUGAGAGACGAGUUCCGGAGACAGAUGUCGAGGUACCCGAAAGCGGAUCCGCUCGGGUUACUGGAUACGUGCUACAAUCUGAGAGGGUUGAAAGUUGUCUACAUUCCGACGAUAUCGUUGUCGUUCGGAGGUGGGGUGAUCGUGAAGUUGGACGUGACAGGGUCUGUGUUUAUAGCGAGCGAAGAACAGGUGUGUCUGGGUUUUGCUGCGAAUGAAGAUAAAGGUGACAUAACUAUUAUUGGCAAUACACAGCAGAAAACACUGGAGGUAGUGUACGAUGCUGCUGGCGAAAGGAUUGGGUUUAGACCCCGUGGCUGUAAAUAAUGAAUUUGAUCUUGAAAUAAAAUUAAUAGAUUCAAGCAGAUUAUGAAUAGAUAUAUAAGCAACGGCAAGGAUAUAUGCUUGUAUGUCUAUUUAUAGUCAAUUUGGUCUAUUUUAGUGUGGUCGGGGAAAAUCUGUAUGGGAAGAUAAAAAGGAAGUUAAUAAUAAGGAUGUUAUAUGUGGAAAUA